UAAUUUACAUUUCGAUGCCAAUUCCACAGGUGACGUUGUCCUGCUCGCCCAGAAUAACAUCCCCACCUUGUCUCAGACAGAACAGCUAAGGGUGGGGUGGGGUUAGAUUUGCUGUUAAUCUGAGAGGCACAAGAAUGGCAAGGAAACGGAGAUAUGAAUUUUCGCUGGAAGACGGGAGCCCAACAGGAACAGGGGUGCCCCCAGUCUUUCCUGAGUUGGACACGAGAACCAAGAAGCACUUGAAGGAAGUGGCCCUCAGCCUGGUUUAUGCCUUUGCCGUGAUGCUGGUGGCCUACCUACAGCGGGACUGGCUGAGUUUCUACCAGAGGGAGGCGGUGGAACAGUUGGUGGUCAGGCGACGCUCUCUUGCCGUUAAACCCUUCUCUUACAUCAAGACGUCAUCUUCCUUCUGGACCUGGUCAGAGACUCAUCUGAUGGAUGCUCUGUAUGACGAUGGGAACGAGAACGCCCUACAGAGCCACUCGUUCUAUCAGGUGCAGUGGACGAAAUUCAGACAAGAGCGAGUGUCACACGAUGUGCCUUUUACAAUUCCCAAUGACGUCCUCAUGAGUACGAUUGGUUACUGCAAGGAGCCGUUCAGUUCUCACAACAAAGACUGGCGGGACUACGGAGUCGGAUGGACUCCUAAAAUUGACACCGGCCAGAACGACACCGAUCCCGAACUGUCAGCCUGGGUCCAUAGGUCGGCGGAAGAGCUGCGAGAGGCUUCGUUUCACGGAAUACACGGAGUCUAUCACGGCGGUGGUUACCAAGUGGAGCUGGGCAAGAACCGAACGAAGACCGUCGCUAUCCUCCGUACUCUCCGAAACAACGACUGGAUCGACGAAAAAACCCGAGCGGUGUUCGUGCAGCUGACCUUGUACAACCCGAAUUCUAACCUGAUGACGACGGUGCUGUUGUCGGUGGAGUUCAGCGUGAUUGGAGCGGCCUUUCCUUCUUAUGAAGUGCUGAUCUUUCCGCCGUACUUUGGCAUCGUAGACCUGCCCAUCUCCUUCCUAGCGUCCGAGAUCGUCCUGCUCCUGCUGUCUGGGUACUUCGUGUAUGUUGAAGGUUGGAGGAUGUAUAAGAUGUCCUUCAAGUACUUCAAACAGUUCUGGCGCAUUCUGGAUUCUGUCAUCAUCGCACAAGCAUUUGGCACCUUUGGGGUCUUCUUCUACACCCAGUACGUCGCCGACGUCAUCUACCAUCAGAUGGAUGCAGUAGACGAAGAAGGCGCAUGGGGGAGCUUCGUCAACUACAGGAAAGUGGCGAUUUGGUCUCAGACGUACACGUACAUGCUGGGCAUACUGAUCUCCCUGACCACAAUCAAACUUCUCCAUCUGUUAGGCUCCAUUGUUAACGGAGUCACAUUCUUGUCGGCUACAAUGAUGGAAGCUGCCGCACCCUUGUCUGGAUUCAGCGUCAUUUUCCUUAUAUCUGUAGCAGCCUUUGCGCAAAUGGUGUAUCUCGUCGUGGGCAACCACCUCUUCACAUACAGCACUUUCGUUGGCACCGUGCAAGAGAUGUUGAACUGGAUGCUGGGAGAUUUCGACUACGAUCAGGUGACCGACGUUUCCCCCAUUCUCGGUCCAGUGAUGGUGUUCCUGUUCAACAUCUCUUUCCAGCUGUUCCUGAUGAUGGUGUUUGCCACGAUUCUGUGCGAGGCCCUGGCCCUGAUACGUGUGAAAGCAGAAGAAGAACCCAGAGAUGAUGACCUUCCUCCUACCCUCCAGACCAUCGUCAUGGAAGGGACCAAGUCGUUACGCAUACGCUAUCAGCAGGCGAAAGUAACCAGAAAGUGCAGGGAUGUGGUUGUGUACGAGUUUGAGACCAAGAAUGUUACUGGAAUAGAACUGCUAUGUUUUGAACAGUCCUUCGAUGACCGCAAUGGCUCUGAUAUGGCUUCUGGUUGACCGACAGCGCAGAAAACACGUCAUAUUUCCCGUUAUAAAUAGAUAUACGAUUUAAAGUAGACAACUUGAUGAUAUGCUCUUCAAAAACUUAUGAGUGCUACAUAUAAUGAAAAUAUGAUAUAUUUCUGAGAAAUACAUAGUAUUACAUAAUUAUAUAAGUCCUGAUUGUACUCUGUUGAAUAUACACAUGAUUAUACAAGUC